CUCUGUAAGGCCGUUUUCUUUUCUCAUUCGCUCAUCUGCCAAGAAAGGAGACUCGCCGUUGGCGCUUUGGCCUCCAGUUCAUUGAGAAAAAAGAGGAAAUACUCCGCGUGCGCUUUUAGAAAGGGGGUCGCCUCCAGCCCCGAUCUCCAGAGUGUUCAUCGCCUGGGGGCUUGGCUCCGGAUUUUCCUCUCCUUUUCUCGUCCAGCCGAUUGCUCGGAAGUUAGACUGAAGCAGAGUUUAGAAGCAAGAGGGGAAAAAGUUUGCAUCGGGGCUGGAUUUAUUUGCACAUCGCAGGAAGAAGAGAAUCCAACGGAGAGGGGUUGGUGCAAAGCCGCGAUCACGGAAUUCAGAUGUGUUCUAAGCCUGCUGGGGUGAGCACACUUCCAAGACCUGAUGGAGGCCAGAGCUCAGAGUGGCAGCGGAUCGCAGCCCUUGCUGCAGGCACCCCGUGACGGCGGCAGGCAGCGUGGGGAGCCCGACCCCAGAGACGCCCUCGCCCAGCAGGUACACGUGCUGUCUCUGGAUCAGAUCAGAGCCAUCCGAAACACCAAUGAGUACACAGAGGGACCUACUGUGGUCCCCAGACCUGGGCUCAAGCCUGCACCUCGCCCCUCCGCUCAGCACAAACACGAGAGGCUCCACGGUCUGCCUGAGCACCGCCAGCCCCCCAGGCCCCAGCACUCACAGGCCCACGCUUCUUCUGCGAGGGCCACUCUGUCCAGGUCCAUCAGCACAGUCAGCUCGGGGUCUCGCAGCAGUACUAGGACAAGUACCAGCAGCAUUUCCUCUGAACAGAGGCUCUUGGGAUCAUCCUUCUCCUCGGGGCCUGUUGCUGAUGGGAUAAUCCGGGUGCAGCCCAAAUCAGAGCUCCAGCCAGGUGAGCUUAAGCCGCUGAGCAAGGAGGAUUUGGGGCUGCACGCCUACAGGUGUGAGGACUGCGGCAAGUGCAAAUGUAAGGAGUGCACCUACCCAAGGCCUCUGCCAUCGGACUGGAUCUGCCACGAGCAGUGCCUUUGCUCGGCCCAGAACGUGAUCGACUACGGGACGUGCGUGUGCUGUGUGAAAGGCCUCUUCUAUCACUGUUCCAAUGAUGACGAGGACAACUGUGCUGACAGCCCGUGUUCCUGCAGCCAGUCUCACUGUUGUGCACGGUGGUCGGCCAUGGGCGUCAUGUCCCUCUUUUUGCCUUGUUUAUGGUGUUACCUUCCCGCCAAGGGUUGCCUUAAAUUGUGCCAGGGGUGUUAUGACCGGGUGAACAGGCCUGGAUGCCGUUGUAAAAAUUCAAACACAGUCUGCUGCAAAGUUCCCACUGUCCCACCCAGGAACUUUGAAAAACCAACAUAGCAUCGUUAAUCAGGAAUAUUGCUGUGAUAAGGAUUGUUCCCUUUUUUUUUUUUUUUUUUAACACACACAUAUGCAACCAACUAAACAGUUAGAAAUCUUGGCACUGUUGAUAGAGGGUUGGGAUAUCCUUUGCUGUUUGCAGUGAAAUGCUUUUUGUCCAUGUGCCAUUUUAACUGAUACGCGUG